UGUUUUUCAUUACUGAAUCAAAAUGGGAGGGGAAGAAGAGGCCGAGACCCAAACCUCCAUCUGCAAAGACGCGCUACAAAACCCUAACCCUUCAAUUUCCCGCUCCCUACCGCCAUUACCCACCCGGCUGCCCUCUCCGAGCCGCCUGAUCGCCGUCGGCGAUCUCCAUGGCGACCUCGACAAGACGAAGCAGGCACUACGCCUGGCAGGCCUUAUCGACGCCUCUGACCGCUACGUAGGGGGCUCCGCCACCGUCGUCCAGGUCGGCGAUGUCCUUGACCGCGGCGGCGACGAGCUCAAGAUCCUCUACUUCCUCGAGAAGCUGAAACGCGAGGCGGCCCGCAGCGGCGGCAAGAUCAUCACCAUGAACGGCAACCACGAGAUCAUGAACGUUGAGGGUGAUUUCCGCUUUGUAACGAAAACAGCUCUAGAUGAAUUUAGGGUUUGGGAGCAGUGGUUCAGUGUUGGUAACAAAAUGAAGGGCCUCUGCCAAGGUUUAGAAACCCCCACAGACCCAUUCAAAGGGGUUCCUAUGUCAUUUCACGGUGUGAGAAGAGAGUUCUUCGACGGGUUUCGAGCCCGGGCUGCGGCCCUGCGGCCUAACGGCCCAAUUUCGAGUAGGUUUCUGUCGCAGAAUGUAACUGUCUUGGUUGUUGGGGAUUCCGUUUUUGUUCACGGAGGGUUGUUGCCGCAGCAUGUUGAUUACGGUUUGGAGAGGAUCAAUGAGGAAGUUAGGGAUUGGAUUAAUGGCUCCUCGGGGAAGUUUUCGCCGCAGUAUUGCAGGGGGAGGAAUGCUGUCGUUUGGUUGAGGAAAUUCUCAAAUGAGGUUGCUCAGAAUUGCGAUUGUGCGACUCUUGAGCAUGUUCUGAAGACGGUCCCUGGUGCGAAGAGGAUGAUCAUGGGACACACAAUUCAGACGGCUGGUAUUAAUGGUGCCUGCGAGAACAGAGCUAUUCGGAUCGAUGUGGGCAUGUCGAGGGGGUGUGGUGGUGGUUUGCCUGAGGUUUUGGAGAUAAGUAAGAAUUCUGGGUUGCGGAUAUUGACUUCGAAUCCAUUGUACCAGAAUAUGGGCAAUGCUGGGUUAAAUGUGGGUAAGGAAGAAUUGUUGAUUCCUGCACAUGGUGGACUUAGGGAGGUAGAAGUUAAAGCUUGAAGUUAAGGAGGUUUAGCUUUUAGUGUUAUUGGUUAAACUUUCAUGAGCUAUUGUUGGUUUUUGUUUCAAUUGGCAACGAAUGAAUUGGGGGAUUGUACAGUAUAGGAUGUUAUCCACAAUUUUUCUCUUUGGUCCACCAUGAAGAAGACUUUGUGAGGAUGCUGAAUUCAUUGAAUGUCUUAAGACCUUUACCUUGACUGGUACAUAUGAUGUGGGGGACAAAUCUAGGGUUCCUUGCAUGGUUGGAAAGCGAGAGGAGCAUCAGUCAUACUGUACUAACACUUGUUCUGCCUGGUCCACAUACCAGAUAUAUAUCCUCUCGCUAUUCUUUUUCUUUCAUUUGUUUAUUUAUUUGAGUGGGAAAACGGUUUGGAAAGAGGGAGGAAAUGAUGAGAAGGUGGGAUUGAACCUCUUCCUCACAUCUUAAAAUAUACCUGUCACUAAUUUGUGACAGUAAUGCAAAAUAGAAUGUUUGAAGUCCUUUGCAUUGUAA